UUCUGUGUGACUUUUGACUUUUCGCCUGAGCUCGAUACAUCGAAGUCCAACAUGGAUGACACGCCAGAUCCACUUCACCAAUUCUUCCCUGAGACCUCUUCCGAAGAUGCCUCUUCCAUCUUGUACAAGACGCUGAAUCUACCAUCCACGGCCACUGCACAAGAUAUCAGAUCUGCAUACCGACGUCUGGCUCUGAGAUUCCACCCUGACAAGCAGACUUCGAAGAGCGACAAGGACAAGGACGAGUUGGCAAAGCAAUUCCAACAGGUCGGGUUUGCGUAUGCCGUUUUGAGCGAUGAGACCAGGAGGAAACGAUAUGAUACAUCUGGCCGUACGGACGAAAAUGCAUUUACGGAUGCGGAGGAGAUGGGCUGGGAUGCAUACUUUGCGAGUCUGUUCCAACGCAUUGAUCGGAAGAUGUUAGAUGACGAUAAGGCAAAGUAUCAGGGAUCUGAUGACGAGAAAGUCGAUGUCGAAGAAGCUUACGAGAACUCUGGUGGUUCUCUGCCGAAUAUUCUCGCGUCUAUUCCUCAUUCCUCUCACCUCGACGAACAGCGUCUCAUCGAUCUGAUCAAUAACCUCAUCGACUCUGGCAAGCUGCAAAGUACGAAGAAGUGGGAAACGACUUCGAAAGACAAAGCUGCACGAGAUAAGAGGAAGAAAAAGGGGGAGAAGGAAGCAAAGGAAGCUGAGAAAGCUGCGAGAGAGCUAGGCGUAUGGGAAGAAUUUUACGGUUCAGGGGAGAAGGGCAAACGAAAGGGAGAUAGUAACGUCAAGCAGACUGCUGGGGAGGAAGGACUCGCGGCACUGAUUCGUAAACGACAAACGGAUCGAGCGGGUGGAUUGGACGCACUCGCUGAAAAAUAUGCUCGGAUCGAAGAAGAGGAAAGGGCGAAGAAGAAGGCAAAGAAGGGUGGGAAGGCGUCUACGAGUGGGACCAAGGAGAUGACGGAUGAAGAGUUUGCUGCGCUUCAAGCCAAGAUGUUUGGGGAUAAGAAGGGGAAAAAGGGCGCGAAAGUGUGAGUAUAGAGGUGGAAGAGCUAUAUGACGACGAGAUCACGAUCAUCGGAGACACAAGACAUGUUGUAUCUAUGU